UUCCAGAGCAGAUGCAGCUGUCCUGGCUGUUAGACUGUGCCGAUGUCACUAGCUCUAUUUCUGGACCCUGUGUUGUUCUGAAGGUCAGAUAAAGUGGCUCGGAAUCUUCACAAGGCAGGAGGGUGGCAGGGGGCACUUACUAAAAAACACACACCAGACAGCACUUUCAGAGAGAGAGACGGAGAGGUAGAAAGAGAGAGAGAGCAAGAGAGAAAUCUGCCUAGAACAGAACGUUGAGUCUAAACUGAUUAGGAAGUUGGACUAACAAACACAGAAAGUCCACGGAACCAUGGACGAUGUAUCACUCCACCAGGAGGAUUCUGGGAACGACGCAACAGCCAACCAGACGGAGGACAACAAAAACAAUCAGACAAAGAGAGAGGCUUCAGCGCAGGAGUGUGACCCACCUAAGAGAGACCACCUGGCGGAGGACACAGUGGAAGGUCAUGUGGUUAAGUCUGGGGCUAAUACGGAGAAAGCUCCGGAACAGGCAGCAGGGGCUAGCAUUGGAAAUGUAGAGGAGUCUCAGCCAGUAACCGACGCCAUUGAGGUUAAUAGUGAAGAGGCUUGCAAGGGUGAGGGAAUGUCUCAAGGUGCAGACACCGGAGAAACAGAAGACCCCAAAGUGGUGAACGGAGAGAAGAAGGGGGAGGGAGAGAAGGAGGAGGAAGAGGACAAGAAUAGAAAGGGUCAAGAGGUGGUCAAGAAUGGAGAGAUUGAGAAAGAGGAUAUGAAAGAGGACAAAAAGAAGGGGGGAGAAAAUAUUGCCAGGAAAAAGGGGAAGGGGGAAAAGAUAGGAGAGGGGAAAACAGAAGAGAAGAUAAAAGGAGAUAAAGGGAAAGACAGAAAAGUGAAGGCAGGGAAGGAAGAGGGAGAGAAGGGAGAGGCAGGGACGCGAGAGGCAGGGAAGGGAGAGGCAGGGAAGGGAGAGGCAGGGAAGGGAGAGGCAGGGAAGGAAGAGGGAGAGAAGGGAGAGGCAGGGACGGGAAAGGCAGGGAAGGGAGAGGGAAGGGAGAGGGGAGAGGGAGAGGGAGAGGUAGGGAAGGCACCGGAGAACAAGAGCAAACCAGUAAAAGAAAAGGAAGGGGCAGGAGGAGGAAAGGUUAAAGCGAAAAGCAAGGAGGUGGAGAAGCAAGGAAAGACCAAAAGAAAGAGUGCCGUGAAUCACACCGCCUCUACCCCAUCCUCUGUGGCCCGACCCCGGAGCUCUGCCCGCUCUGCCCGGCCGUCCACUAAAAAGGACAUCAUAGCAAAGUUCCAGAAAAAUGACUCUGAGACACCGGUUGUCCGCAACUUCAAACUUCAGAGAUCAUCUAUGGCUGUGGCAAACGGGGCGUCAAUCAAACAGAAAGUGCUUUCAUGGUGUCAAAACAAAACACGCAAAUAUGAGGGUGUUUCCAUAGAGAACUUCUCAUCAUCAUGGUGUGAUGGGCUGGCGUUCUGUGCACUCAUCCAUCGCUUCUUCCCGGACGCUUUUGACUUCUCAGCGCUGAGCUCAUCUGAGAGAGAGAAGAAUUUCACCCUGGCCUUCAACACAGCAGAGACCAUGGCUGACUGCUGCCCCCUGUUGGAGGUUGGUGAUAUGAUCCUGAUGGGGAACAGCCCGGACCCUAUGUGUGUGUUCACCUAUGUCCAGGCACUCUGUCAUCACCUCUCCAAAAUAGAGAAGGAGAGGAAGGACAAGGAAGAAGAGGAGAAGAAGGGUGAAAAGAUGAAAGAUGAAGAGGUAGAAACCACUACAGAGAAGAAAGAGGAGGAGAGUGAGGAAACUGGGAAGAUAGAUGGUCAACAAGAAGGGGGGGAUGAGGGAAGGGAGAAAGAGAGUGAAGAGAGCUCAGCGGUAGAGAAAGAGCAAGAGGAAAGAGAAGUUAGAGGGUUAAUUGAAGCACAGGCUUAAGCUAAUGCUAAAAAAAGACAUGGAAAAGAGAUUCAAAUAAGACACAUGAUGAAGUAUAGUUUUACAGUUUGGAACACGACAAGUGUUUAGCGUGUAUGAGCAUAAUUUCUUAAAGAGUGACACAUUACUACUGUAUAUUCAAAAGCUGGCUUUGUGAAGGUUUAGAAUUAUACUCAGAUUACAACAAUGUGUGUAAAUUGUAACCUGUUGUGACUUUUUAAACAAUAUUUAACACAUGCUGUGUUCUUUCCAAUUUCAUUAUCAUGUCUGUUGUCGAAGUUUGUGCACAGAAAAAUAAAACGUCAAUGUAUAUUAUAAUGAAUUAUUUCGAUUUAUUUUUCAGGAAGACAACCUAUGUAUGUUUUUAUUAUGGGUACAGUUAUUAAGUACGUCUUCACUGCAGCCCUAAUAAGGAUUCAAAAGGCCCUUGGGUUCAUGGUGAUCUAUCUUGAAUAAAAAAUAUUUAAAAAACGA